UUUUUUUUUUGGUUGAAUUCAACUAUUCUGAAGAUGACGGAUUCUUCCUUAAAUAUGUCCACGGCAUCAUUACUUUCUCGUUCACAACCAUUAGAAGAUCAACAACAAACACCCGAUAACAGCAGUAUAUUCUCUUCUUUACCAUCACUUCCCUCUCUUCCUCCCAUAGACGAUACAGUAUUACAACAUUCGGAAAAUGAUGAAUAUACAACAUCACCAGUAUCCUCAUCUUUCGGUGUAAGUGGUUCCACUCAUAACGGCAAUAGCAUUCGGGACCAUCAAAAUAUCUCCACAUCCUGGUCAUCUUCACCUGAACAAUCUAGUUUACCAUCCAACAAUAAAAACAACGAUAAUAAUGGACAAAAACCUUCUGUGAAUCAACUUGUAUGGGGACAUAUCCAAUCAUUUAGUAGUAUGGCGGGUCGAUUUAUGUUCAAGGACAAUAAUUUACCAUUGAUAUUAAAUGUGAUUGGUCAUCUUUUAGCAGCAAGACAAUUAUGGUUAAAAGGAUCUGUGACACGAUAUACCAAUUUACAAUCACAACAAAAGACGGUGGUAAUGGAUCAAUUCCGUAGCAUUGGUGUGCUUCAUCUGGCAAUGGGGCUUCUGGCUGCUUUGGCGUUGAAAGAACGACGAUUAUCUACUGAACGUACGGCGUUAUGGGUCCUUUCUCUGGCAGCUUGGAGUCAGACGUUUGUGCAAGCAAGAGCUUACCUACAAUCUCCCUCUUUGUAUACCCUCAAAGCAAUUCAAGAAUGGGGUGGCUUGAAUGCAAUCUUGACAAUCAUUACUACGGUGGCUUUACGGAAGACGGUACGAAGAACGGGUCGUUUGAUCUAAAGGGGAUUUUAUCGAUCUAGUUGGAUUUGGAUUAUCCUUUAUGUAGUUUUAUUUUAGUUUCGAUGAUGAAAAUCAUUAUCUGCCUAAGAUGAUGGUUGAUUUUUAUUUUUAUUUUUAUUUAUAUAUCUAUCUUUAAUAAAGAUGAAUGAUUCCUAUAAUGAUGAUGAG